GAAUCCCCGUGGAAAAGAUGUCUUAGUAUUCCGGACGUUACAGUGAACAAUUAUGAAAAAUUCGGUGUGACACCACCUUUUCCAGUUACUGAAGAUAAGAGCCACAAUUUUGUAUGGACUGGAGAUUCGCUGUCAACUAUUUAUGAAAAUACAGACAGUUUUAUGGCCUUUGUAAAAAACACCUAUUGCUGUACUGCCGUAAACCGAACAUUGCACGCAGUGGUAAUGGACUGUGUAGUUAAAGAAAUGUACGCCGAGGCAUUUAUUCGGUUUACGAACGUGAUCGAAAGUGAAGGCAUUUCGAUGUUAGCUAGAAUAUGUCAUAUAUCAAUUAAAAUAAUACAGAAGAGAAAUAUGGGGGCAUGUAUUCUUCACAUUAAUACAAUCGGUCCUGUAAUAGCUGACAUUGAAAACAAGUUUAAAAUGUUUUUGAUAUCGACUGCACCGGUGCGUCAAAUAAUAGACGCCAUCAAUGUAUUAAGGAUGAAAGACGUAUCAUUGGAAGAACGAAAAGAAUUCUACAAUAAUACAUGCAUGGAGUUUAGUCAACGAUAUGGUAACAUGAUGGGCUUGGUAAGUACUGGCAAAUAUGCAGACUUCGGAUAUAUAUCGAAUACCUACAGAGCCAACCAAGAACUCGAAUUUAUCUUAGACCGCGCAAAAGCGUACUUUAAAAAUGAAUCGGACGCUGGACCAAGUGCUGGACCAAGCGGCGGGGGUGACGAAUUAAACGCCCAGAAUCAAUUCCAAAUAGAGGAUUUAAGUGGACAAUUAUAACAUUUACGGGUGGCAUCGGUUUAGGCCAAAAUCAACACACACAUUUUUCAACUAAUGACUUGAAAGUAUAUAAAAUUGGAGUUUGCAUUUAUCUAUAUUAGUAAUAGUAAUAGUAUUGUA